UCCCUCUAAAAAAUCGCCCCACCAGUCAGCGGCUUAUAACGUGCGAGGCUGCAUUUACUCCCUUUACUCUCGGCUCUUCUCCCUCUCCGCUUGCGCAAUGUAUUCAUGAAGAAAUCGUAAAGUGUUAAAUGUUUGAAAUACAAAACCGCCGAAUUUCAUAUGCUGAAAAAGGACUCCGCUACUCGUGCGCGCGGCACUGGUGUGUCUGUGCAAUAGACUCUGCAAAGAAAAACUACUCUCACACGCCUGCAAGUCCGCGGCUGCAAAAGGGACGCUGAAAACCUAAUUUUUCAGUUUCAAGACAAACGCUCAAAAAUCAAACUGGCUCACGUUCUUCCCAACCAACCCAGUUUGACAGCUGCUCUUCACCCCAUUUGGAGGACUGUCAGCAGCAAGAGGAUGGCAUCAGAGCUGGCAAUGAGCAACUCCGACCUGCCCACCAGUCCCCUGGCCAUGGAAUAUGUUAAUGACUUCGAUCUGAUGAAGUUUGAAGUGAAAAAGGAGCCGGUGGAGCCCGAUCGCAACAUCAGCCAGUGCAGUCGCCUUAUCGCCGGGGGAUCCUUGUCUUCCACCCCGAUGAGCACACCUUGCAGCUCGGUGCCCCCUUCCCCAAGCUUCUCGGCGCCCAGUCCGGGCUCGGGGAGCGAGCAGAAGACACACAUAGAGGAUUUCUACUGGAUGUCCGGUUAUCAACAGCAGUUGAAUCCAGAGGCGCUGGGCUUCAGCCCCGAAGACGCAGUCGAGGCGCUGAUCAACAGCAGUCACCAGCUCCAGUCAUUCGAUGGCUACGCAAGGAGCCAGCAGUUUGCUGGCGCAGCCGGAGCAGGAGGCACCAUGGCCGGGGAAGAGAUGGGGUCCGCCGCGGCGGUGGUGUCGGCAGUCAUCGCUGCGGCAGCCGCUCAGAACGGAGCGCAACACCACCACCACCACCAUCACCACCACAGCAGCAGCCACCACCAGGCACCGGGCGUCCAGAACAACGGCACCUCUGGGACAAAUCACCCACACAUGCGCUUGGAGGAGCGGUUUUCAGACGAGCAGCUGGUGACCAUGUCGGUGCGGGAGCUCAACCGGCAGCUACGGGGGGUCAGCAAGGAAGAAGUGAUCAGAUUGAAACAGAAGAGGAGGACCCUAAAGAACAGAGGCUACGCUCAGUCCUGCCGGUUCAAGCGGGUCCAGCAGCGGCACGUCCUGGAGGGAGAGAAGACGCAACUCAUGCAGCAGGUCGAGCACCUAAAGCAGGAGAUCUCCAGGCUGGUCCGGGAGAGGGACGCGUACAAAGAAAAGUAUGAGAAGCUCAUCAGCAACGGCUUCAGAGAAAAUGGAUCCAGCAGUGACAACAACCCUUCAUCCCCGGAGUUUUUCAUGUCAUCGAGAAAAUUCCUCCAUCUGUGAUUUCAAGCCCCAUUCCUCCGUGCCCUUGGCUUCCUGAGAUAACCUAACGGCUGAGCAGUGACGACAUCAGAGCGGCUGACCAAUCGCACGAAGGCACCUACAAAGCACAACAUUCAAAAAUGACUUCACUGAAGAACAAAAGACAAGACCCGCUGAAAUCCCUCAAAAUCCCUACAGUGAAAUUCUUGAAAGCCUCUUACUACUCCUGUUUCCCUCCCUGAUAUUUUACCUCCAGCUUUUUUCUACAAAACACAAAAAAAGAAAAAAAGAACAAAACAAAACAGACAGACUCAUACUCAUGAGAUGGUUGACAACGACAGACACUGGAAGGACUAUUUUCUCUUUGGUGGGGAGAUCACUGAUGCAUGCUUCUGUAAAUAGAUCAUGAUAAAACCCUAUUCUUAUUCCUAAUAUAGGAAGCAUACCAAGUCGCUCUCACCAACUUCAUAAACCUUCAUGACUGUGGAUAGAGUACUCAUGGUUCAAUAUUUUCCAUAUGAAGUCAGUAUUCUUCUUACUUCCUCAGAGACCAUGUAAUUAUCAUUUCCCAUAUCAUUUCUUUACUCUUUGGAGUUAGUUGGACUGUAAAAAUUGUACUUCCUAUUCUUCUUAUUCUCUUUACAAAAUGGCCUAGUCUUCCUCUCCAAUAUCCACGCUAGUACAUGUAAAUAGAGAUGAAUGAAGACAACAGCAUGGAACAGACUAUAGUGUAUAUUUACCACUCCCCUAGUAGAUCACAGAUCUCAGUAUGUGGAUAUUUCAGACAACCUUUUUAAAAGUUUAAAAUACUUGAACUCGUUUUCUGAUAGUUAAAGACAUAGUCCCAGGUAUCUGGACAUUUUCCUAUGUAUUUGAAUAGAUGCAUAAAGGCAGUAGCUAUAGGUAAUGUUAUUGUUUGAGUACCUUGCAAGGAUUAUAAGGCAGCAAUUCUUUUGGUAUCAUCAAUCAGUUCCACCAGGAAACAAAUGGUCAAACUGAAGAGCAAAAACAGGCAAUUCACAGAUGCCAUGAGUCCACCUUGGCACUUCUUAAAUAUUAUUUGUAACAUUAAAAAUUUUGUGUACAUUAUGAUUUGCAAUUUUCUCCCAGCAUCUACCUACUUAUUCUUUCCCACUGCAAUAAUAAUUGCCCUCUCCUUCCCCAUGUUUGGGUUGGAACUGCUGAAGCUGUUAGCCUGAGAGGGCCACUUUUUUUCUUUGCAUGGUGCUCUGAUCCUGAGCCUACACAUGGGGAAAAAAGAAAACCUCACUGAUUGCAAUGUAGACAUGAGGACGCUGACCUCAGUCUUCUAUGGACUAUGAAGAUAACCAAAUAGACUGACAGAGAAUAAGCCAAGCCACUGAACAGAUGACCUCAAAGGUAACCCCGCCUCCCCCCUCACUGGUGAAGACAGAAAAACCUUUGCAUGGACAACAGGGAAAAUACUAGCUGGUUGUACACCUCAUCUCCAUCAUUGUGCAUCCUCUACCUCUCAGUGUUUAUUGUGCAUCGUGGAAUCCAUGACUUUUCGGUGACCCCCCCUACUGUGCAGACAGGAGGGGGGGUCACACAGAGGGGAGUGUCGCUCAGCAUCGAAUGCUACUGGUGGACAUAAAUGGCAAUGGGGAAGACAAAACAAACACCUGCUCACUUUGACUCACACACACUCACACAAUACAAGCGCAUGCAUACAGAUGCACAAUCAUACACAGCGCCACUCAAAUAUUUUGCUGUAUAUAUGUACAGUAUAUCCAGUAUGUAUAGUCCCAGAGGCUAUACUUUGCAUGUUGACUUGUAGAUGGAACCUGACCAUUAUUCAUAGAAAAGAUUGUGCAGGUAGGCCUAGUCAGUGGAUCAACUCUCUAAACCAGUGCAAGCUCUUUGUCAGUUUUACAUCUCUUUACUUUGUUUUCAGGAAACUUACUACUAACAUAACUGAAAUAGUUUUACCGCUCCUAAACCUCUGGUGAAAGGGUCCUCGUCAGCCAAACAGCAUCACUGAUGGGUUUUAAACUCUUUGAAGGGACACAUAACCUCGCCUUUGAUGUCAGACAGAACCUGGCCACAGUGAGCGUGGGUAGGAGAAGAGAAGAUGGAAGGCAAACUGGGGCGCACCAAUUAAGUGGCAGUGCACAAAAUGGCAUGGGGCAUCCUGCCAGCAACUGUCUAUUCAUCCUAUGUCAAAGGGAUUUGCACAUCUCAAUGAGUCUACGCGCUGCCAGAGAAGUCCGAGAGCAGAGCAGAGCAGAGGAGAGCAGAGAAAGGAAGCGAGGCUCAGGAGAAAGGAUCGGAGAGAAAAAGAGCAGAUUUUUACGCAAACUAUGAGGUUGUACUGAGCUUAUGUUCAAAGUGUUAUCCUGGUCUGUCCACAUAUAGAAUAUUCUUUUCUUGAAGAGUUCAGUAACCCCUUGACCUCAAACUGUUACCCCAUCAUGCAGCUCUCUGGGCUGUCAUGACCUCACGUCCUGUCUGAGGUUAACUUUGAGUGAAUGAGCAUGGCCCUCAGCUCAACCAGAUGUUCAGCCUUGUGGUUACCCUUCUGGCCCAGUGAUUCUUUAACGCCUGCCUGCUACAGCUGUACUCUUUCUGGACACAGCUACCCUAACAACUUCACCAAAUUAAAAAUGAGUUGUUGAGGAAAGAAUUGCAGCUUAAAGCUCUGUAUAACAUGCAUGUUUCCUUUUUGAUUCAAAAUAAUUCAAGUGCAUUAAAAUCUAAUCAGCACACACCAAGGAGAACAGUCAUUAUAGCAGAAUACACAUGGUUACCUACUUUGAAUGUCCCCUUGUGCAUCCAAUUUAUAUGAAGAAAUCUUCUUAAAUCAAAUACUGUCAGAGCACACUGAAUCUCAUGAGCGUAUUUACAGUCAACAUGUAAACAAACUUGAAAUUAAGACGUAUGACUUGAGAAGUGAUUAGUUAAAGAAGAUUUAAAAUGCAGGAAGGAUGAAGAUGUCACUCAAACACGAGACGUUGUAUGUGGUAAGAAACAAGACAUUGAGCACGUGUUGAUCUUCUUUGAGCCUCAAGGCUUUCCACUUUCUUAGAUGUGAAACAAAGCCCCAUUUCUGCACAGCUGCAGGCAAUCUGUGACAGGUGGAUUUGUUUUCAUAUGUUUUCGAAUGCAAGUAGUAUUGUGUUAUUGUGCCUUGAUAGUCAGUCAGCGAGUGUGCUUUUAUCAGGCAAUGACCCUGACCAGGAUUAGGUCAUGUACGUAAACAUGCGCAGAUGUAUGUGUUCAUAUACAAAAUGUGUGAAAGUGGACAAAAAUGAAUAGAGGCACAUCCUCAUGCUCUUUUUCUCACACAUACACACACACAUACACGUACACACAUACACACACCAUGCUAAUCUAAACAGCAAGGCUGUAUGUAAACAGAUCGUCGACAUAAUGGGAUUGUUCAGUGUGCAAACAAUAAGCUGUUAGCGUAAUCACAGGUCAAAGAUAUAUUACCCAGAGGGCCACGCUGUAGGUAUAUUAACAUGAUGGAUAUGUGGGAGAGAGGAGGGGGCAGGGAUAUGAAGGAUAUAGAGCUCUACCGAUUCAGAUUUACCCCCUAUUGGGCCCGUCCGCUGCCUUUCUCUCCUCUACCUCCCUCAUGUUGGCCCCACUUAAUCAGCCACCCUCCUUCUCUUAUUGCUCCUUCCCCCAUUCACCCACCUUUUUCUUAGACACUAGGUUACUCCCUUGUUUUUUUUUUUUUUUGUUUGUUUGUUUUUUUUAACCAUGUCUCCCCAUCUAAUACCUCAGUCCUGUCUUUUCCUAUCUUCAUUCCCCUCCCAUUUCCCUAUUGUUCUGGAUAGAUAUAAUCUCUUUCAGCAAAGUUCUGUGGUCAGUGUGGUAGCAGGAUAAAGCAGCUCUACAAUCUUGUUUCUGGAUUAAGCAAAGAGGGUUCUGAGUGAGGACCACUGAGGUCCUUCAUCCAUGCCUGAUUUGUAAACAACAGGAAAAGAGCAAGGAAAAGACAGAAAGUGUUUUGUAGCAUCAAGAGAUAUUCAUAUAUAUAUCAUGCACAUAUAUAUGUGUAUAUCUCUAUGAAAAAUAUAAUAAAUCAAACAGCUACAUAGUUGAUAGAGCUCAUUCUACACUCCACUUAACUACGCUGAAAGUGCCAUGCUCAUGCGUCUCAAUGAGUAGCAGGAUACAAGUGCUGUGUCAGUCAGGAUAAAUCCUGUGUAGCUUACUCCAUUGCACAUACAGCUUAUUAACUUAUCUCCACUUUAUUUGAUUACCAUCUAGCCCAUUCUCUCAACUGGUUAAUAAGUCCAUGUCUUCCUGACUAAACACUCCAUUAGUGUCAUCACUGGCUAGCUUGUGUGUGUACUGCAUACAUCUGUGGACCACUGAAGCAGAUACACUUUGGGGCCAAGUGACAGAGUAAACACAGAGGCAGAACACUGGGUAGAAAAACAACCUGUAAGACAGACAAUAGGUACAAAGGUAGCUAGGUCUGAUGAUGACAGCAACAGUCAAGACUGGCUUAAGAUGUACAAGAAAUUUGUAGCAUUUUAGGUGAGUCAAAUAGAUUCACUUCACAAAAGAUAAUAGAGUUGUGAAGUGGGAGGAACAGUUUCUCCUGUUUUGGAAGUAAAAGUCUCACUCUUUUUCUUUUCCCACAGACAGUGUUAUGUGACUCACAGUUGGAGCACUUGUGCAGCUUGAAUGGACAUGAAACUCCCCUGCUUGAAUCAUUAGUACAAAGGAUUAACAACAGCAUUUGAAAAUAUAUUCUUUUCCCAUGAAAUAACUUCAGAUAACUGACAAUAUAAUUUGCAGCUUAAAUGAAUUCACGUUUGGAUUGUAGAUUGAUUUUGGAUGAAUUCAGCAACUAUAAGUGUUACUGUGCUCAUGGGUAUUGUAGUAUUUAGAGCAGGCCACCAUGUAAAACUGUGUGACACUAUUUUGCAGAAUUUGAGUUGUAAUAAUUAAAACUGGUGGCUAUAACAUAAACUUAUAGCAUCGUACAUUAUCCUGUGGUUCCAUGUUAAAUAAUGUUGAGGAUAUUAUUAAAAGACAAAUCUGAAAUGGAAGUACACAAUGGGGGAAAAAAACACUUACGUUGCUCCUUCCACUUUGAAACAUGUCUUUUCAUGUCUUUUCUUUUCUCUUUUUCAAUGUCUUUUCUCUCUCUCUCUCUCUCUCUCUCUCUCUCUCUCUCUGUCUCUCUCAUGGCCACACAAACACACCGCUGUUCCUGUGUGUGUCUGUGUCUGGUGGGGUGUCAUGAUUAACAGUGACCUCAAGCCAGACAUGGUUGGGGUGGUGGGGUGUGGGGCCAAAGGUGAAAGGCUUACAGUGAGGCAACCCCUGUCAACUGCUCUGCUCUAAUCCUGACCUCAAAGCCAACCUGAGACUCUGGAAAAAUGAGUCACAACAUAUUGUGCGUACAUAACCAUCUUAUUCACAGAAACGUGUAUUUGGGCUAAAGAGGACUUGUAAAAAUGUUUGAAAUGUAGUAUGUGAAGUAGCGUGGAUUUUGCUCUAGAGAUACAUUGGAUUAGGGUAGUUCUAAUAGCCAGACAGAAGCAAAGACAGAGCAGACCUCCUUAUGUCACAUAGCUAAUGACAGGGAUGAAUAAUAGAGCCUUUAAAGCCCUUACUCCCACCUCAUUCUGGCCUGCACAUAAGCUUGAGCUGGGUGAGCAGCCAGCCAUCAAGCCCCUCGCUGAGAUGAGAUGGGCUCCCAAGAAGAUUUGGGGAGGAAUGGAGAGAAUCGGAUUAACCAAAAUGCCUCAAUUGGAAUAAAUGCUCUGGGCUGACCCCCAGUGUAAUACCAUUGAUAAAUGCUGUAAACCAAAUCUUUAACAUCUGAUUAGGAAGGAGGAAAACACAUCCUUUUAGCAACCAUUAGCUGUGGUGAGAUAGCCCAACCUUUGCAUCAAAACACAUACAAGUAGAGUUUGUUAUAAGCAGCAGGGACUUUUACAAAUACCCAAGUUGCCAUUAUAGAAAUAAAUAAAUGGGGAAAUAAUAAAUCGCCAGAAGCUGUGGACAGGUGGCAUUUCAGUCUGCACCAUUUAGCUGUGCAGUCUGGUUUCUGACAGCUUGAUUUAGUCUCCUGCACCUGAGCCAGAAAAGAGAGAAAAUUAACGGCAGGAAAAACAGCUUAACUAGAUUCCAAUUUGCCUGCUUUGAAACACAAUGAUGAAGCUAAUGUACAGAAUGGACUUUCUGGUAGCUGUACCACGCUUAUUGUGAUCAGACAAAGAUUGUGCAUACUCAUUUAGGGUCAGGCGCAAGGCACAGUCAGAAAAGCAACAGCACUGAUGCGAUUCACCCUUACUCUCCAUCUGAGCCUGGCUCUGUUAUGGGGUGGGGGUGGGGGGGGGACUUUAGGGUUUGUCUUUAGGGUGUAAAAUGGAGAUUUAAAGUGGCUCAAGGGGAGAUGCUAGGAUGCAUGCUGUUCCUCCUGCUGUGAACAGGGUGUAAUCCUUCAGUUUUAGAGAAGUGAAAAGUUUGUAGAGUCCAGAAAGUUACGCAUACAUCCCUUAUGGGCCCCCCACAGAGUGGAGAGUGGGAAACAGCAGGGGAUAACCAUAUGCUAUCAAAGUGUUCUUCAAAGCUCCCAUCUUUAGUCCACUAAAUUAUACAGUAUCAUCACAUAUACCUGACAAAAAUAGAAAAAAACAUAAUUACGCAGCUCAGUGUACAAACACACAUACACACACAAAAAACAUUUCUUAAAAAAUAUGUUUCACGAAAAGUGUUGCCUUUGAAAAGUGGAGGGGUGUUUACAUUUCGCCUGGAAUUACUUUGUGUCAACUUUGUUUAAACCUUGAUCAUGUCCCAGUGGCGUGGGUCAGCUCAUGAUUUUGUAUUUACAUGCUUUUAAAAUACUGCUGCUGGUGGACAAUUAAAAAUUUAUGAUUCUUAUCGCAAUGAGCCCCUUCUGUUACCAGAGGUUAAUUUGUGCUCGCCCCUCAUUUCAAUUGUACUGUAGUAAAUGUCCACAUUAUUUCCCACAUGGGCCUGGAUGAGGGGUUUGAUUAUCCAAAGGUAGGCCACGGUUGGCUCUGUUAUUGUCAGAGGGGUCGUAAGCUGCAGUAACGGCUUCAAGGGUCUUAUUGCUAUGGCGAUCAGCCCCUUGCCACUUGGCCUCCGUGACCCCAGUCAGAGAUAAGCUUUAUGGGAAAGCACAUUAACAUGCUCUAGCAGUCACCUCCCUCCUUUAUCAAAGGCAGUUCUAUGAAAUCAAGUGUUUAUGGACCCCCAGUGAGGGUAUAGUGCUGCUGAUUGCCUAUAUUAGAGGUUGAGUGUAAAUGAGCUGGAGGUGGACAAAGGACCUGUAGUCAUGGGGAGAACUGAGGAUGCGAUACUGACAUUAUUCUCACUAAAUGAGCAAUAUCUUUAAUGACUGCAGCACCCCAUGAGCAGGUUACUAACCCCUGGAUUACAAAUACUGUCUGCAAUCUAAAUAUAUCCACGUCUUCCAUUCUUUCUACAAAAACUGACACUAAACAUAAGAAACAUAACAUAUUCUUAUAGAUAUGAUGCAACAAUAUAUUUUGGAGUUAUUUAUUCUGUUAGCACUACUGUGUAUUGUAAGUAACAGAAUCUUCCUUUACUGUCCUCUCCUUUGUGUUAAUGCUGAUUCUGUGGACUAAAUCGUCAAAUGGAUGUCUUUUUUAGUUCCUUGCACGUGUUACAUUGAUAUGGGCAUUUUCCUGUGGCUAUGAACGACACAAGGCUUAAAAAAAAAAAAAAAAGAA